CACCGCCGGCGAGGGACGCAUGCUCCCACACUAUAAUUACAACCGCGACCAACCUCCCCCUUCAACUCAGUCGAUCUCUAGCUCGCUCAAGCAGCCAGCCAUGGCGCCAGUGCAAGUCCCAGCUGAGCUCAUCGGCAGCAGCAACGGCGGAGGAAGCGCGGGGGGGUCACUGACCGUGGACCCGGCGCUCGGCCGGCGGCAGGCGACUGCGGCGGCGGCAGCGCUGCCGACGCCGAGGUCGCCGCCGCCGGCGUUCGGGAGCAUCGUGGCGGUGCUGAGCAUCGACGGCGGCGGCGUGCGCGGGAUCAUCCCGGGGACCAUCCUGGCGUUCCUGGAGGAGAAGCUGCAGGAGCUGGACGGGCCGGCGGCGAGGGUGGCGGACUACUUCGACGUCAUCGCCGGGACGAGCACGGGCGGGCUGGUGACGGCCAUGCUCGCGGCGCCCGGCGCCGACGGCCGGCCGCUCUUCGCCGCCAAGGACAUCGUCGACUUCUACCUCCGGCAUAGCCCCAAGAUAUUCCCUCCUGUCAUCAAAGGACCCCUGGGUUUGCUGAAGAGCAUGAUGGGUCCCAAGUACGACGGGCGAUACCUCCGGUCCAUUGUGCAGGAGCUGCUCGGUGACACCAGGAUUAGCCAGGCCAUCACCAACGUCGUCAUCCCCACAUUUGACAUCAAGCUCCUCCAGCCCACCAUCUUCUCUAGAUUUGAUGCACAGAAGGAUGCAUCCAAGAAUGCUCUCUUGUCCGACGUGUGCAUCAGCACGUCAGCGGCGCCGACCUACCUCCCCGGUCACCGUUUCGAGACCAAGGACAAGGCCGGUCAGCCCCGGGUCUUCAAUCUCAUCGAUGGAGGUGUUGCUGCCAACAAUCCGACGUUGGUGGCGAUGACCCACGUGAGCAAGCAGAUCCUGCUGGGGAACCAGGACUUCUUCCCGAUCAAACCGGCCGACUACGGCAAGUUCAUGGUGCUCUCCCUCAGCACCGGCUCGGCCAAGGUGGAGGGGAGGUCAUUCGACGCCGACGAGUCUGGCCGGUGGGGCCUCCUCGGCUGGCUCCGCAACGACGGCGGCUCGGCGCCGCCGCUGAUCGACAGCUUCGCGCAGUCCAGCUCCGACCUCGUCGACAUCCACGCCUCCGUGCUCUUCCAGGCGCUCCGCUGCGACCGCCACUACCUCCGCAUCCAGGACGACGACCUCACCGGCGACGCCGCUUCCGUCGACGUGGCCACGCCGGAGAACCUCCGCGCGCUCGCCGGCGCCGGGGCCGCGCUGCUGCGGAGGCAGGCGUGCAGGGUGGACGUGGAGACCGGCAGGAACGUGGCCGACGCCGGCAGGGGCACCAACGAGGAGGAGCUGGCGCGCUUCGCCCGGAUGCUGUCGAUGGAGCGCCGGGCGAGGCUCGGCAAGCAGGAGUCCACCCCUCGUGUAUAAAUGAGCGCUUGAUUAAUUAAUUAAUUAUUAUUACUCCUUUCGUUCCAUUGAAAUACCCGCAUGUAUUUUAAAAUUCAACUAUCCAAAUAUAUUUUUAUAUUUGAUCAGUAAUAUUUUAUUAUAACUUUCGUUCCAUUGAAAUGCCCGCAUGUAUUUUAAAGUUCAACUAUCGAAAUAUAUUUGAUAAAAAAUGUUUUAUUAUAAAUUGAGUUUUAUUUGAUAGAAAUAAUUAAUAUUAUUGGAUUGACAUUUGAAUUUACUUUUUAUAUGUAAUUGUGAUUUUGUUACUAUAAAUAUCAUAGUAUUGGGCAAAUUUAAAGACGAAGUUUAGUUUUAAAGACUGACCGUCUGUUAGUAAGUGGGACGAAGGGACAAAUUCCGGGUUUAAUUCUAUUUUUCGGACUAAUGUUUAAGCUUUUAUUUUUCUACCAAAGGUGUAGUCAGUGUCAUUCGUUUUGUUUUUGUGUGCAUCUCUUGUUUAUUUAGUUGACAAUAACAUGCUGCGUGUGCUGUUUUUUUUUA